AACAGACGGAUAACAGCUGAUAUUUGUUUAUAAAAAAAGCUAUGCUAUUCGCAGAGAUCUCAGUUCACAAGCUAGCUAAAAUGGAAAGAGUUGAGACUAAGCGUGAUGAAGUUGAAGUCACAAAUUUAAUUGAUUUCUCCUUUUGUGAUAACAAACCAUUGUUUGAACAUCUGCUCUAUCGUCAUGAUAUGAGUACAGCCAUAAUUGAAGACCGAACUGAUUUUUGGAAGUUUGUCAACAAAUAUGAGGCUAUGCUCAAGAAUGUUGGCCAACCACUGCUACCACAGCCAAUAAACGAGCUUUCAUCACAUAUGCCGCCUUCCAGAACUCAUAAGCUAAAUUGUAUUCCAAUACGACUAAGUGAUGAUGCGAAGAAAACUAGGAGUGGGUUGCACCAUGAAUCUGCUGCCACAGCCUUACGCGUUAAACAGUUCCAAGAAAUUAUUAUUAUAUACUUAGACUUCAAACAAAAAGAACGAUUUGCAAAAAUUAAAAAGCUAAGAAAAACUCAACAAAAUUUACCUAUGCACAAAUUUAAGGACUUACUGAAGGCAUCACUUGAAGAGACUGGAGUUUUGAUUAUUGCGGGUGAUACCGGUUGUGGUAAAUCCACACAAGUUCCUCAGUAUUUAUAUGAAUUCGGUUACAAAAGCAUUGCUUGCACACAACCCAGACGUCUAGCUUGUAUAUCGCUAUCUAAACGUGUUGCGCAUGAGAUGCUCGACGAUUACGGAUCAAGGGUGGGAUUUCAAAUACGUUUCGAGAAAAAUAAGACGCAGCAUACGAAUAUUCUGUUCAUCACAGAAGGCUUGCUUCUAAGACAACUGGCUUUGGAAAGCAAUUUAGAACAGUAUGAUGUAUUGAUACUCGAUGAGAUACACGAACGCAAUCUUUUUGGUGAUUUUUUACUUGGUGUAACAAAGUGUUUACUGCGGGCUAAACCAAAUCUCAAAUUGAUCCUCAUGUCUGCAACCAUAAAUGUAGAGUUAUUUCACAAUUUUUUUAAAGACGAGGGAGCAAAACUCUUGCAAGUUCCUGGUCGUUUAUAUCCCAUUAAAACAGUUUAUAUGCCGCCGCCAUCGUUAGAGCUGCAAGCAAAAACAUCGUCGCAUUCACAAAAAUCAUCUGGUCGCCUAGACCCUGCUCCAUUUGUGCAAGUACUCAAUCUGAUCGAUGAAAAAUAUUCGACAAAUGAACGCGGCGAUGUUUUGAUAUUUGUUAGUGGAGUUAAUGAAAUCACGACUGUUUGCGAUGCAGCCAAGGAAUAUGCCGAACAGCAGUCUCAUUGGAUUAUUUUGCCAUUGCACAGUGGUCUUUCUUUGGCAGAACAAGAUAAGGUAUUCGAUUACGCUCCAGAGGGUAUGAGAAAGUGUAUUGUUUCGACAAAUAUAGCUGAAACAUCCCUUACUGUAGACGGUAUACGAUUUGUUAUCGAUUCUGGCAAGGUAAAAGAGAUGUCAUACGAUGCAUCCUGUAAAGGACAGCGUCUUAAAGAAUUCUGGGUAUCAAAAUCUUCGGCAGAGCAACGAAAGGGUCGUGCAGGACGUACUGGUCCCGGGACGUGUUUCCGCCUGUUUAGUGAAAAGCAGUACAUCUCUUUUGAAGCCUAUCCGACACCCGAAAUCUUUCGUGUGCCUCUCGAUAAUAUACUUUUACAAAUGGUAUCAAUGGGCUUACCGAACGUGCGAAAAUUUCCAUUUAUAGAAUCGCCCGAGGAGGAGUGCAUUGAACAAACAAUUUUGGGAUUGAAGCAACAUAAUGCCUUUACAUCCGAUGAGAAGAUAACUGCUCUGGGGAAAUCACUUUCCAACCUACCCGUUGAUAUAUCAAUUGGCAAAAUGUUGCUAAUGGGAUGUGUUUUUCCUGAUAUGGAAAAGAUUUUAACACUGGCAGCUGUUAUGAGUGUGCAAAAUCCAUUUACUAAUCGUGCUUAUACAGAUCCAAAAUGCGAGGAAGCUCGCUCCCAUCUAGAAUCAGAUCAGGGCGACAUUUUUACAUUAUUAAGGGCGUAUCAUGAAUGGCUAGAACUUAAAUGGGAAAACAGAGAAAAUACUCGUAAAUGGUGCUUUAAAUUGGGUAUCGAAGAACAAAGGUUUUACGAAAUCACAAAACUACGAAAUCAAUUCCAAAAUAUUUUGGAGUCAUGCAAUAUGACAACAAACAAGUCCAGCGAUGACAAUUUAACAAGUUCAGAAAGAGCCAGACGCCAUGGGGAAGUUCGUAUGUUGAAGGCUAAAAAGCGCAAACAAAAAUACCAAGAACCGCGAAAGAGAAAAGUCCUUAAACAUCAUACCCAUGAUGCCGAAGAAGAUUUCGAUGAUGAUGACGAAGAUAUAAGAGAUGUAGAUUUUCGUUUGUAUAACGAUGCUGCCAAAUUAGAGGUUUUGCUCAAGUCUUCUAGAACGGAAAAACUCCGUGAUGUUUUGUUGCUGAAGCUGGUUAUAGUCAGUGGAUUCUAUCCUCAAAUAGCCAUAUCAGAUGAAUUUAACUAUUGCAAGGGUGGUACUCAACAAUUUUUUCACACAUUUUUAAAGCCAUUCAUUUCAAUACAUCCAAAUUCAUAUUUUGCAAAAAGAUUCGACAUACUUAAACUAAAUGACAGUGAUAUUUUGGAAAAACCAGCAUAUUAUCUCCCAAAGCAGCCCUUAAGUGAGGCACAUCAGAUUUUGUGCUACCAAAAUUUGUUAGAGACUGCAAAACCAUACCUAAUGAAUUGCAUACGCAUGCCAGCAGCCCAAUGUUUACUUUUAUUCUCCUAUGGUAUCGAAACAAAUGCUUCAAUUAGCAGAGUCAUUUGUGAUUCCUGGUUGUGUUUGGAAUUCCCCACACCAGAAGCGGGAUGCGAACUACUUUGCAGAGCAAUAAAACUGCGCAGGCUGUGGAACAAAUUAUUAAUGAACAAACUAACAGACCUGGAACAGAGUGUGGAAAAUCAGAAGGCUAAACCAGAAAAUAAGUACUUGGAAGACGAUUUAUGGCAUGAUUUAAUAAAAUUGAUGAGUCUUAAUGUGGCAUAUACCAUUAAACGGCUGCUACCAGCCGAUCUUAAGAAUUUGUAUACACACAAACCUCUGGAAAACAUACAUAAUUGUAAAAGAAAUCCUUUUGCCAAUGAUUUCACAUUGACGCCCAAUACUGAAAAAGGUGGUGUGAAUAUAUCCGAAAACGUUGUCUACAAUUGCUUGCAAGACCAGCAAUGGACAAUAAACAUGGAUAAGGAAUUGGGUGAACAUACAUGGACAUGUAAAUAUUGUGAUAUUGACAUUGAAUUUAAUGCUGUUGACAAAUUAAUUCACAAAAUGAAUUGCAAAAAACGUAAAAAGAUUGUAGAUAAUGAUGAGGACAAAUCUAAUGUCGCAUCUACACAAGCUUCUUCAUCGUUUAGUGGCAAAAACAAAAUUGAAUACCACUGCAAUAAAUGCUCCCAAAAGUUGUUUUUAAGUCAAAUUGAUGUACUAAAACAUAAGAAAAGGUGUGGAAAUAAAUAAACAUUAAAUAAAGAACAUAUUUGUGAUUUUUUUUA